AUGGAACUGUGUCGGCUUCAGUUUAGAGCGGGACCUGUAGACCUCCAUAAAGCAGAACAACAAGCUAAAAUCAGGAUCCUCUCUCAUCAUGCCUCGGGUGUCGUUCGCCCCUCCCUCGCUGUGCCUCACCUUUCUCCCUUGGUGCACCGCCUCCUCCCCUCCCUCCCCCCCACGGUCCGUGACGUGGACGUCCCCCCUCUGUUCCGGGAGCGGUUCAUCCUGGGGGGGUACCGGCCCGUGGGCCUGUCGUGGCGUAGUUACGUCCUCAGUCUGUUCCAGAUCCACAACGAGACCCUGAAUGUGUGGAGUCACCUGCUCGCCGCGGUCUGCGUCCUGCUGAGGUUCAUGGCGUUCGCCGGUCCUGAAGGUCAGGGCUUUUCUCUGGACGUGUCCUCGCUGCCUCUCGUCCUCUAUGUCUUCUCCGCCGUCACAUACCUGAGCUGCAGCGCUGUAGCUCACCUGUUGCAGUCCCACUCGGAGCAUGCGCACUACUCGCUCUUCUUCCUGGACUACGUGGGCGUGGCCGUCUACCAGUACGGCUGUGCUCUGGCUCUGUGCCUGUACAGCUCAGACGCCGCCUGGACGCAAAGCAUGCUGGGACAGAUCUUCCUCCCGGCCGCCGCCCUCCUCGCCUGGUUCUCUUGUGCCACCUGCUGCUACGCGAAGCUUCAUUUCCGCCGUCCGUACCCGCUGCACCGGAAGCUCUGCCAGGUGGUCCCGAUGGGCGUGGCCUACCUGCUGGACAUCAGUCCCGUCGCCCAUCGCCUCGUCACCUACAGCUGGACGAACAGCACUGCACUGCCUCUGCACUUCCUGCAGGUGGUGCUGUUCCUGCUGUCGGCCUUCUUCUUCUCCUGCCCCGUCCCCGAGCGCUUCGCCCCCGGUCGCUACGACAUCGUGGGCCACGGCCAUCAGCUCUUCCACAUCCUGUUGUCCCUCUGCACGCUCGUCCAGCAGGAGGCGCUGUUCCGGGACUUCCUGUGGCGGCGGCCGGCGCUGGUCAGGGAGUUUGGAGAGGAGCGCCUCCUGCUGGCCUGCGCCUCCUUCCCCUGCCUGACGCUCUGCUGCACCAUCACGGCGCUUGCCAUGAGGAGGAGGGCUCAGACUCAGCUGAUGAAAGAGCAGAGAUAGAAGAAGAAGAAGAAGAAGAAGGAGGAGCAGGAAGAGGAGGAAGAGGAGGAGGAGGAGGAGGAGGUGUGACUUCAUGCUAAAACUCCUGAGGGAUUUACUUUGGAUUAAAAGGCUUCUCUGAGCAAACAGGAGUGUGUUUGUAGACGUCUGCUCCUCUGGGAAGAAGAUUAUUAUAAUGUUCUUCUGGUUUUUCUGGUUUCUGUUUUUUUUGUUUUUACCUUUUUGUCUAAACUAGAAUAAUAUUGUGCAUAUUUUUCUGUUUUUCAAAUCACUUUUUGGAAACUUUUGUGGAAAGUUGUUCAGGACGACAUUUUAACCUGGCAAAGCGACAAUGUGUUUCCAACAUGUUAUCUUCACUAAUCAGCAGAAUGUUUUCAGCCUUCAUCAGUGUCACAGUCAUGCAACAUAAAAGCCUAAACAACAUUUCAAAUGAACUGGUUUGCAACAACAACAACAACAACAACAACAACAACAACAAGCGUCCAUCUUUGGAGCAAGUGAGGAAAUGAGCUCAACACAAACUAGGAUUCCCUCCUCGUGGUUUAAUGCCUCAGGAAACACGGUCACAGUCUCUUCUUCAUGAGUUACAGUGUUGAAUAAUGGCCAGAAGUGUUUCUACUGAACAUUAUGAUGUCACAGGGAAGUUGACCUUUGACCUUUUGGAUAUAAAAUGUCAUCACAUUCGAGUUAAAUUGUGUCAUAAUUAGUCAAUGAAUGUAUUGGCUCCUGCAUCCUCCACUGUGGUCCUGCUUCUGUAGAGGGACUCUAGUUUUAAAACCGUUGUUUUAGUUUUAAUUGAUAUAAAUUUG